AUGGAAAAGCCUCCAAAGGUUCAGGCAAAAUGGGAUGCUUUUGCUGCCAAAGUUUUCAACGACAUUUGUGUGGAAGAAGUCCUCGCCAACAAUAGACCACAACAGUGCUUGAAUCAUGUAGGGUAUGCUAAUCUUUUAAGGAAGUUCCAUGAUCGUACUAAGAGGCCAUAUACAAAAGAGCAAAUAAAAAACAGGUGGGAUGCACUAAGAAAGAAAUAUAACCAAGGGAAGACUCUGAACAUUAGAGCUGCGGGAUUGGGGAGGGAUCCUGUGACUGAAUGUAUCUCAGCUGGUGCGGAUUGGUGGGCGGAACAAAAUGCGGCUAUACCAGGUUGUAUAAUUUUUGAAACUUCACCACUUGAGCAUGAGGACCAGAUGCAAAUCAUGUUUGAAUCUAUUAGAAGUGGUGAUGGUGAGGGUGAGGGAAACAAUAAGAAGAAAAAAUUUAGAGAUCAAGAUGAGAUGAAGGCCCCAAGUAAAAAUUCAGCAACUUCACAAGUGGUUGAUCAUGUUAGAGAAGAGAUUGCUAAUAUGUUGUCUCAAGUCAUUGAGGAUGGGGCGGAAGAAGGGAGUGAUGAACACUACUAUGCCACACACCUUCUUAUGAAGAAAGAGUAUCGUGAUGUGUUCAUUACUUUGAAGACACCAAAUGGGAGAUUGAAUUGGCUGAGGAGGGCAUGGAAGGAUAGGUAG